UUGGGAAAUCUAGUGUUUUUAAUCCAUUGCAUCUUUUGCUCACCUUAUGAACCAUGAAGGUGAAGGGCCAAGUUGCAUAGACGAAAGGCGGUGCAUUGCGGUGAUCAAAUGCACGGAAACACUCACAAACAGCGCAACUGCCCCACCAUUUUAAUUUAAUCGUUACGACUGCGAAAUUCAUAAGCGAUCGAAUAGGACUGUACCUGCACAAUAUCACAAAAGCAAAUUUCCAACGAUCGCACAAACCUGCACACCACGAGCCCAGCAAGGAUCUGAUAUCCAGCUCCCUGUAGAUAACCGUUCAAACCUCAAACUUGUAGACUUUGCAUACAACCAUCCUUUGUGCCAGAAUUUUCGAUGCCAGCAACAGAAUUUGACUCUCUCAUCUCCUCCGACUCUGAUUCAGACGACCAACGAAAGCGCGUACUUGCGCGGGCGUUGAGAAAGAAGGAAGCCGAGAAUGGUCGGUCGGACUCUGAAUUGUUCGACUCUGAUCCAUCAUCUCUUUCCGAAUCAAUGCUUUCUGAUCUAUCCUCGUCCAGUAGUGAAGAUGAUGAACCGCACACGAUAAUAUCUGGAAAAAAACGACGAAGAGACUCUAUCGUAUCUACGACAUCCGUCGGGUCAGUCUCUAAAAAGCCCCGCGGAAAUCGAAGUGUAACAAAUAAGAAGCCACCAGCAAAAGGUACUGUCAAAAUAAAAGGAGCAGCAGGAAAGGGAAAGGGACGAGGGACGGGUACCAUAUCUUCAAAAGGAACUGGUACGCCAGCAUCCAACUCAAAGUCGCGGGCGUCAGGAAAGAAAAACGGCUCGCUCAAGAAGCAGCUAUAUUGUAUAUGUCGGUCCGAAUACGAUGGGGAAGAGUUUAUGAUUGCUUGUGAUGGAUGCCAAGAAUGGUUCCAUGGAAAGUGUGUCGGUGUCAAACCGUCGAAAGCUAGUGAAAAGGAGUAUUAUUGCGACGAAUGUUGCCCAAAACCGCCGCCAAUAGACUCACUUGGAGGCCGUCAAGGUCAAAAAGGAUCUCGGACGUCCGUAGAACCCAUAAUACAGGCUGAUGACGACCUGGGCGAUGAUGACAUUUGCGUCUUGUGCGAUGGCGAUUGUACAUGCAAUGUCCCUAAAGCGGAGGACGUCGUUGAACCAGUUCCCUCACCUAUUGCAGUGUAUCCACCCGAAAUAUCUCCCAUAACAAAAAGAAAGGCUGGGAAAGGUGCAACGGUGUCUAAAGUGGCCGGAAAAGGAAAAAGCAGCGUGGCUUUGAAAAACAUUCUUAGAGAAGCUCCUCCGGAGAUCGUACCUAAACCAAAAAAGAAAUCAAAGAGGGAUGCGUCUCGUACAGCGAAUACAAAGAAAUCAAAGACGAUUGCUUCCAAAGCAACGGAUAAUUGGAUCGUGCAGGACGCUAGUCAGACAGUUUCGAUUCAAAGUGAUGAUGAAGCAGAGGUCCAGACGCGUGCCGACGAGGAACUAGAGGAUACCAUUCAGAAUAGCGAUGACGACAUCUUUGCGUCUGACGUAGAUGAUGCAUCUGACAUUUAUGCCAUUGUGGAUGGGCAAAAUGGGAACGAACAUGAUGACGACGAGGGAGAGGACCACAGCGAUGAGAACGAUGCUGAUGCUGAUGAGGACGAUAAUGAGGAUGAAGACGUAUUGUCCACUUACCAAAACUACGAUGCAGAGCAGCGGAUUUUAGGAUGGAGCGAGUCUGAUGAGGAAGAGGACGAUGAUGACGAUGAUGACUUUUUCAAGUCCCCGGCAUUGGUGCCAGGCAGAUCCAUGACCACCGCCGAGUCGACGUCUAUUCUCGGUGAUAUCGAUAUUGACGACUUGCUCGAUCUGGGGAUGCCAACAGAGGGUCUCGAAGAGAUUGAUUUUACUAAUGGGGACGAUCCAAUACCAGAUCUGGAUUUUUUCAACGCCGAUUCUCUUGAUAUAGACUCCCACUCACCCGACUCUCAAUCCAAUGGGGUUUGCGACACGCAGACGACAAGCGCGCCAGUAGGCGCAGUUUCAGCCGCAACGUCACCAGGCGACAGUCCUGCCCAACCCGUAACAGUGGGCCCAACGUCAAUAUCCUUUGACAUUAAGAAAACUGAUGUGGGGCCAAACGGGGAAAUCACCACGACGACAAAAACAAUGACGUUCCAGUUGAACGGGACUCAGUCUGCAUUGUUGGCUGCCGGAAAGACAAUUGGAACAAAGCGCCGAGAUGGGGGUGCCAAGCGUGGCGCAAAGACUACCCCAAGGCUUGGACGUGCGGUUACGAGCGGUCCGCUUGGAAGUCCUGGGGUUGGUACACAUAUCAAUGGUUUGACCGGAGGGGCUGCAAGCGCAUCAGCACCUUCAACAAUAUCUCCGUUUCCUUCCUUCUUGUCAUCUUCCGGGACCCCAGGAGGAUAUGCGUCAAUGUCUCCUCUUUUAUCGACUCGCUCGUCCCUCCCAACCUUCCCCCUCUCCAGUACCACAUCUGCUGUUACCGCAGCCACUUUGCUCAAGACGCCAUUGGAUCCUUCCAUUCUUGCUGCCGCAGCAGCUGCCAUGGUCGGUUCUGGGGGAUUAUUGGGAACUCCCUCUACACCUGCAACAGGCACCGGCUUGGCGGGAAGACCUGAUUUGCAGAAACUGAUUGAUAGCAUUACCCUCAAUGCCAAAGUGAAAGCGGCGCUUGCUGCUACCGUUGGUGGGGCCAUCGCCUCUGGGAACACGAAUAUCCCAACCGCGACACAUCCGAAGCCGCAGGACGGAGGGCUUAAAGCAAAGGAUGCCGCACCGAGUGUGCCUGGAACUAGACCAAAUUUUCCUCAACCUCCACCGAAUCCGUUUCUCGGGUUUGACUUUCCAAAGACAAUGGAAGAGUUUAAUCGGUUAUUUAGUCCUCAAAAUGUUGCUGCAGCUGCCGCCGCGGCCGCAGCUGCCGCUGCAGCGUAUGCUUCUACAACUGGUUCUGCAACGGGUUUUACUGGUAAUGCUUCGACGACUACUGCUUUUGCUGGUGUACCGCCUCCUAGUGUGUUGACACAGGCUGUCAUGGGUGCAGGGGUAGGUGCCGUUGGCGGUGGCAUUAGCUCGUUGGGUGCAUCUACCAUACCGGCGCCAGUUGUUUCGGCUCCCAUACCACCUCCCGCACCGUUGUCAGGACCGACAUCUUCCCCAUCCACCAAUCCGCCUAUCAAAGAAGAACCAGCUCCGCCGGCAGAUAUGACCAUGGAGGAUCUCUUUGACACCGCCGCUCUCGAUUCGUCUCUUCUCGAUGCCACCUCCGUUCCUAGUACCUCCGCACAAGAUGAUCGAUGGAGAAAGAUUCCAAUCGGGGCUUUCCGACGAUCGAGACGGAUGAGUGGAGAUGGAGGUGGAUGGCGGGGAUUAAAAGCGGCCAUUAAAGGCGGCCGGAGGGUGUUUAACGAAACGCUUUUGGUAGAGGGUGGCAUGUGGAGCCACCAAACUCCGCAACACAUACCCCUCGACAGUGACACUGUCAAUGAGAGUUUAUCUGUGAAUGCACCCAACGCGACCCAGCAUCGUAUGGAAAACUCUUAUGAAGACGAUUUUGUUCGGGAACUGGGUGGAGAGUGGGGUGCUUUAGAUAAAGCCUGUGAGGAACAUGCUCUUAAUUCACCUGGUGAAUCGGUAUUUGGAGAUGUGCACGGCCGGCGAAAGGGGAAGGGCAAGAAGAAGGGGAAAAAGGUCAAGAUAGGUAGACGGAUUUAAUAGUGUACAUAUCCUUUUGUAAUUUUGGCAUCUUUAUUGAAAACUAUAUAGUAGGUAGAUUUCUAGGGCGUGAGAUUGUGAUUGAGAGUUGAUGUUGUAGAUUGGGUCACUCAAACAGACAUGCAUUAUCAAAAGGAAUAUAAAUUCCAAUUCACAACCA